CAGUGAACAACAAAGCCAGUUUUUUGAGGUUAGUUUUUGUUAAAUUGUGUUUUAUGGUGUUUUUGUGAUUUAUAUAACAGAAACAAUACAUAAAAUGAAUAAUAUUCUGUAGAAAAUUGAAAACUUCCAGAAACAAUGCCUGGGGCCAAAUGCAAACUUGCUUUAUUGCUCACUGAGUUUUGAGUACCAAAGUUGAUCAUAGAUGUCGCCUACUUCGGGGCCCUUCGCGAAUUCUUUGCCUUGAUCCUUCCAAAUAUUUCCUCUAGCGACAUCUAUGUCGUUUUGCCAGCAAUAAGAAACAACAACAAAUAAAACGUUAUAACCUAAAAAUCAGAAGCAAAACAUAAAAAAUUUAAAUAUUUUAUUUUUGUAUUAAAUUUAUAAUAAUUUAUAAUUUUCCUAUUUAAAUAUAUGAAUUUCGUAAAAUUACUACCGAAGAAAAAUCUGCCCAUCAGAUUUCUGAGCUCGAAAACUAAAAUGUCACUAGCAGACAAACCCAUAGAAUCAUCAAUAACAGCCAAACUUCAGGAAAACCUGAAACCCUCUCACCUCCAGGUUAUAAACGAAUCCUACAUGCACAAUGUCCCAAAAAACGCAGAAACCCAUUUUAAAGUGGUUGUGGUAUCUGAUGAAUUCAAGAAUCUAUCUUUGAUUAAGAGACACAGGAAAGUAAAUGACAUUUUAAAAGCUGAACUCCUAGGAGGAGUUCACGCCCUUUCAAUAGUUGCGAAAACACCAGAACAAUGGACGGAUGAGGAAAUUGAACCUAGUCCAAAUUGCAGGGGCGGUUUUGGAAAAUAAACUAGGCUUCCAAUUAUACUCUGCUGGUGGAGGAUAUUUCAAAUUUGGCCCAAAAUUUGCUGUCACUGUAAUGUUUUUGUAUAAGGAUAAAGUAGGAUAAUAAGAUCCUUGAUAAAUAUCUUCAAAUGCGACUCCUUGACACUGGCCGUUUUUGAAGCACAAAAUUUUACUUGUGGGAAGGGCAGACAAUGAUUUAAGACGUUCUUGAACAUUGUCUUUUUCUUCAUAGUACAGAUGACUUUUGAAUUUAACCAAUGGCUGAAAACAAUUUCAAUUAAUUUUUACACACAACACAAAAAUUUUACUUACUCUGUCCUUAUAAGUAUUCGGUACAAUUUUCGUAGUAUUAUUUUGUGGCAGAAUUAUCAUGAAUCCCACAGUAUCACCUUCAGCGUAACCGCUGCUCGCAUAAUGUUUACCGUGGGCUUCAUGGAAUUUGGUCCCUUUUUUCGAUCUCCACGAAUAGCCAAAUUUAUCGUAACCCACUGGCGCCUGCAAAUUGGCAUAAUCUUGACCCCAACCCAAACGAGUCGCUGAUCCUUCUGGCAUUUUAUUUAUUGUCACUUCCCAAUACC